CCUACUCUCGGGGUGGAGGUGUGUCAGUGUCGAUCUGAUUCGCAUGAGCCAUGGGUGUGUGUCCUGCUGUGCUCGUCUCUCUCUCGGCUCUUCUCCUUCUCGUCUCCUCAGAAGGGCUGCCCGGCAUCACCGACCCCCAGUUCAUCCAGAACUGUGUGAAAUUCCACAACAGCCAUCGUUCACAAGCGCAGCCCUCAGCCAAAAACAUGCUGCACAUGACGUGGGACGAGGCCUUAGCCAAAAGUGCCAACGCCUGGGCCAAGAUGUGUAAGGCAUCUCAUAAUCCUUUGCUGAAGGAGGCUAGGAAGCUGCACCCUGUGUUUGGCAGAGUAGGGGAGAACAUCUGGGUGGGCUUGCCAGUGAAUAAGUUUUCUGUGGAAAAGGCCCUGAACGCGUGGAAAGAGGAGAAAGAACACUACACCCUGCAAACCAACAAAUGCAGUAAAACGUGUGGCCAUUACACCCAGUUGAUGUGGGCUAAGAGCUAUAAGGUGGGCUGUGCGGUCAAUCACUGUACUGGGGGCGUCCAUGGCUUCAGCGACAGUCCUAAGGCAGCCAUAUUUGUGUGCAACUAUGGAGAUGGUGGGAAUGUGGGAGGAGUCCUCCCUUACACUGAAGGACCAUCAUGUGCAGACUGCCCUGAGGGAGAUCGCUGCCAAUCCAAACUCUGCAGUAAUGCAGCGAGAGAUGUUGUCAAAACUUAUAAUUGGUCCCCUGCAGAAACCAACUUAAACUCUUCAUCCGUCAGCCUCUCUUAUUGGACGACUGCUACGAAACAGAGGCAAUCACUGAUGGUUUUAUUGUUAGCUACUGCCUGUUACAUGUAAGACAUCAUGGGUUUCAGUAUAUUCACUGGCGCCAUCUCUGGGCGGCAUUGGGAUUCAUAUCCCCCCAAAAUCGACUGUGACAUCAAAAUCUACUUACUAGAUUGUGACGGAUGUUGGUCAAGUCAAGUAUAUCACAACAUUCAGACCUAAAUAAUGACACAACUGUUGAUGUAAUAAAAUAAAAGCUUUAA